UUUGUGCCGGUCUGCCAUGCCCUCCCCCUCUCCCUCCUCCUGACCCUGGACAGAUUUCACUAGAGAGAAUGGGAUUAGUUUUACAGGGAGUCAGGAUACCAAGAUGCAGAGUCACCAGAAAGAGCACCUUUAUAAGAUCUUAGUAAUCGGGGACCUGGGAGUUGGGAAGACGAGUAUCAUCAAACGUUAUGUCCACCAAAAUUUCUCACCACAUUACCGAGCUACCAUCGGGGUCGAUUUCGCCUUGAAAGUUCUAAGUUGGGACUCUGAUACCGUGGUACGGUUGCAGUUGUGGGAUAUUGCUGGCCAAGAACGGUUCGGAAACAUGACAAGAGUUUACUAUCGAGAAGCUGUUGGAGCAUUUAUUGUCUUCGAUGUCACAAGGCCAGCAACAUUUGAAGCUGUGACAAAAUGGAAAGAAGAUUUAGACUCAAAAUUGACUCUAUCUAAUGGCACACCUGUAUCAGCUGUGCUUUUAGCCAAUAAAUGUGAUCAGGGAAAAGAUGGGCUCAAAAACAACGGCAUCAAACUGGACCAGUUUUGCAAAGAGCACGGUUUUGUUGGCUGGUAUGAAACAUCGGCAAAGGAAAAUAUAAAUAUUGAUGAAGCUUCCAGAUGUCUGGUGAACCACAUAAUCGCCAGCGAGAGUGAUUUAAUGCAGCCGGUGGAAUCAGAUGUUGUAAAGCCCCAAAUGAAUUCCUCAAAAAUAGCUAAUUGUUCUGCUUGCUUUAAAUCCUAGGGGUUAUUCCUCGGCACACUUGUUCAAUAAAAAUGCCAAUAAAUGCUUUCUGGUUAGCAAAUA